GGCAGUUACACGCGUAAAGCUCAACCAAGCAGAUCGCAACCAACGGGUAAAACGAACGAGCGGGGAUAUACACAGACGAGCAACUGUGCGAAUGAAAUCAAAAUAAAAGUGAUCGAAGUUAAAAUAUUUUGUUUAAAAACCGAAAGGAUUUAGCUGAAAUGAUUUUACUUUUUACUUGGAGUUAAAUAAGUAUUAAAGUUAUUCCUACAAAAAAUCGCUCAAAUGGAUCCCUCUGUGACACAUAAAGAUCAGUAUGAUUUACCGGCGUGUGGGCAGCCCAACACGCAGGCGCAUAUCGAAGUGAGCGCUAUGUACGAGAAGGAUGAGGAAAACUCCAGUCUCGAUGAAAUACUUCUACGAAUUGGCCAAUUUGGCCGCUUUCAGCUGAUGAUACUUUCGUUGAUUUGCGUAGCGAUGUUGUUCAGUGCGAUGUUUUCGGUUACGUACGUCUUUACUGCGGGUACUGUUACACGCAGAUGUAAAGUUCCAGAAUGUGACACGGCCUCAAGCGCAUACGAAGAGCCCUGGACCCAAUUCACCAUUCCCACAAAAAGUAACGGAUUAGAUCAAUGUUAUCGAUAUGCGAGAACCUAUACCACCAACCAAACACUCACCACCACUCCCGCCGAUGAAUCACUAGGACUUUGCUAUGCACACAAUUUCGAUAACAGCACGAAAGAACGAUGUUCGGACAACGAUUUCAUAUUUCGCGAUAAGGAAGUGACGAUUGCGAAUGAGUUCGGUAUUUACUGCGGUGAUGAAUGGAAAUUAACGAUGGUCGGCACAUUUGGCAAUGUAGGUCAAUUUGUGGGUAUGCCUCUAGGCGGUUAUGUCUCAGAUCGCUUUGGCCGGCGCACGGCGCUCGCAUUUGGCGGUUUCUUCAGCGGCAUUUUGGGUCUCAUACGCUCUUUUUCACCCAACUACACUACGUUUGUAAUUUUCGAGUUUUUCGAUAAUAUGGCAUCGAGUCCGAUGUACUCCAUAUGCUUCAUUGUAGGUAUUGAGUUGGUCGGUCCCAAGCGUCGUGUCGUCGCCUGUAGCAUCGUCACCAUUUUCUGUGCUAUCGGCGGGAUUUUGUUAGCAGUUGUGGCUAAGUAUUUUCAAAAUUGGCGUCUCAUAUUGCGUAUUAUUUACACGCCCGCUGUAAUAUGCAUUGGAUUUAUCUGGAUAUUACCCGAGAGUAUACGUUGGCUGCUGAGCCAGGCUAAGGAUGAGGAAGUCAAGAGCAUACUGACGCGUGCAGCCAGAAUAAAUAAACGUCAACUUUCCGAUAAUUCGCUGGAUAAAUUGAUUUUGGCAAAUCGCGCGAAAUUAGCAACAGCAACGGGUGGUAAAUUUCCCAUCAAGGAAGCAUUCAAAAAAUUAACUUGGCGCAUCAUAAAUUGCUCAUUUUGUUGGAUUGUUAUUGUGUUGGUCUACUAUGGCAUCAGUUUGAAUGCGGUGCUCUUGGAUGGUGACAAGUACAACAACUUUAUGUUUAUUGCGCUCGUGGAAAUACCCGGAUGCUUUUUGCCUUUUCUCAUAAUGGAUCGUUAUGGCCGGAGAUAUUCGCUAUGCGGCACAAUGUUGAUAAGCGGAAUUUGUUGUUUGACUACGACAUUUCUACCGACUGAUGCUUUUGGAUGGCGCUUAACGCUCUUCCUAAUUGGAAAAUUUAUGAUUGCGACAGCCUUUCAAAUAUUAUAUUUCUUCACAUCGGAAAUAUUUCCAACAAAUGUUCGCAACAGUUUGCUCUGUGUCUGUUCGAUGGUUGGGCGUGUGGGUUCAAUGUUGGCGCCACAAACACCGUUACUGGCCAAAUAUGACGAGAACGCUCCGGCAAUAUUAUUUGCCAUUUCCGCGAUUACCAGCGGCAUUUUGGCACUACUCUUUCCCGAAACGACAAAUAUUGUGCUGCCAACAACAAUGCAUGAUGCACACAACAUUGGGGUGAAACAGCAGAAAAAUAAAACAGAAGUAAAUCCUAGUAAUAAUGCAAAUUCAUGAAAAUGUCGGCUAUUUUAUUUGAAUUCUGACAUUCUAGAGUAAUUAAAAUGUGAUUUAAAAAGUCUAAAACUAUUAAAUUUUAACUAAGUACCACAAAAGUGAUUUUUUAGAAUUCCGCGUAUUCGUCAUAUGAAGGAGAUGCACAAGAACGACAGGGAAAAAAUGCUCAAAAAUCAAGGCAAUUUUUUAGCUACUUGAAACUUGUAUUUAGUACCACAAAAUUCAAUGGACUUAAAAAAACUUUUUUUUUAUAUUUUUCUAUAAAAGCGACAUUGAGUUUCAAAACAAAUUAUUUGCCAGUUUUGUAUUUGGUGAAACCAGAUAGAUGUAUAUAUGUUAACCCGUUCCAAAAUGAACCUAAAAAUAAAAAACUUCGAUAUAUUCCUCAGCA